CAGCAUAAUAUUGCAUGCAGUCGUUCUGUUCAUAUCAGCAGAUUUGGUUGAUUCGCAAAAAAUGCAUCUUUGAGUUCUAGCACCAGAAUAGUAUCACAUUGUGGCCGUACAUUAUGUUACUCAACGUAUUACGAAGCGGUUGUAGCCGAUCUAAACUUUUUCCGGGAUUGCCGUCGAUCGCUCGAGCCGUAGGACCAUCGUUACGUCACAGUAGCUGGACAGUUUGUUCGCGAAGAACAUACUCACGGACCGAAAUUAACACUAGAAUCACGAGAUAUUUCAGCAUAUUUCGUAACAGUGCGAAAGGAUGGAUGCGGCUGGACUCUCCACCUGUUCGUAAUGUAAGUAAUAGCAGCAACAAUUCAUAUACCGCAGCUACGAGCAGUGAAUCAAACUUGACACCUGUUGAGAAAUCGCAAAAAUCACCAAAGGUCAAGCUAAAACCAACCGACGUGCAAAGAUUGCUGGAAUUUGCAAAACCGGAAAGAUGGAACAUUGCUGGCGGUGUCAGUUGUUUGUUGCUUUCGUCGGCAAUCACCAUGUCUGUACCUUUCGGAUUAGGCAAAAUCUUAGAUGCAAUCUACGCUACUUCAAGUGAAACGGGAAUAGCCAAGGAACAGUUGGACCAAUUUUGCAUGCUGUUGGCGGGUGUUUUCCUUCUGGGAGGCAUAGCCAAUUUCGGACGUGUGUACCUUUUCAGUAAUGCCUCUCUUCGAAUAACGCGAGACAUCCGGGCGAAAGUGUACAGUUCGAUGUUGAACCAAGAAGUUGGGUGGUUCGAUCAGAAGGGCACUGGUGAGCUGGUAAACCGGUUAUCAAACGACACGUAUCAGGUGGGAAACUCGCUCAGUAUGAAUCUCUCCGACGGGCUUCGAUCGACAGCAAUGAUUAUAGCUGGCACGGGAAUGAUGGUCUACACAUCGCCGCACUUGGCAUUGGUGGGCAUGUGCAUCGUACCAUGUGUGGCUGGGAUGGCCGUGUUCUACGGACGGUUUGUGCGCAACAUUACGAAAGAAGUGAUGGACAAAUAUGCCGACAUAAUGAAGAUCGGCGAGGAACGCUUGGGGAACAUCAAAACUGUGAAAAUGUUUUGCAAGGAGAAGUUUGAGAAUCAACUCUUCUCCGAACAGCUGAUGGAUGCAUUGAAUAUAGGAUAUCGAGAAACUAAGGCGAGAGCAACUUUUUAUGGUAUGACCGGUCUUUCGGGAAACAUCAUAAUUCUAUCGGUGUUAUACUACGGUGGAACGAUGGUUAGCAAUAGCGAGAUGACGGUGGGAGCACUAACGUCUUUCAUUUUGUACGCUGGAUAUACUGCCAUAUCUAUAGGAGGUAUAAGUAAUUUCUAUACUGAAUUGAACAAGGGUGUAGGCUCUGCGACGAGGCUAUGGGAAAUUGUGGACCGGAAGCAUACCAUUCCGGUAGAUGGUGGCCUAGUAUUGAAAGAGACUCCAAGAGGAGAGAUUGUGUUCGAUAAAGUUAGCUUCAAUUAUCCAUCCCGACCGCAUGCUGCUGUACUGAGGGAUUUGAGUUUGAAAAUUGAACCAGGAACAUCUACUGCCGUUGUUGGACGAAGUGGCUCGGGAAAAUCGACGUUGGCAUUGUUAUUGUUAAGAUUGUACGAUCCUCAAGUUGGUACUAUUUCACUCGAUGGGCGUGACCUGAGAGAUCUAAAUCCAAUGUCGCUUCGUCAACAUAUUGGAGCUGUUAAUCAGGAACCAGUCUUGUUCAGCGGCUCCAUUCGAGAGAACAUACUUUACGGACUGAAUCUGGGUGACAAAAUAUCGGAAAGAGAGUUCGAACGAGUGAUUCGCGAGGCCCACGUGUAUGAGUUUGCAAAGGACUUUCCUGAUGGAAUGAAUACUCGCGUUGGCCAACGAGGAAUCAUGCUCAGCGGAGGGCAAAAGCAACGAGUCGCAAUUGCGAGGGCGAUCAUUCGGAACCCCAAAAUUCUAAUCUUGGACGAGGCAACCAGUGCACUGGAUGCUGUUUCGGAAGAACUUAUCCAGAAUGCUUUGGAAAAUCUAACGAAAAACCGUACCGUCCUAACGAUAGCUCACCGGUUGAGCACGAUACGCAAUGCCACCAAUAUUGCCGUAUUGCACGACAGAAAAGUUGUCGAACAUGGAAACUACGAGCAAUUGAUAGCGAAAGAAAACGGUAUGUUUAAGGAAUUGGUUCAGCGUCAAACGUUCGCAUCAUCGGUGUAAGCGAGGAAGCAAUUCGUAAUAGAGUUCAUUUAUUUAUGUUCGCCAAACAAAUUGUUUGAAA